UGACUUUCUGUGUGUUUUCUGUUUACAUUUUCUAAAAUCAUGUGUAAACUUUAAUAUGACAAAAGGACAAGACGAUGAGGAAAGUUUGAUUCCAAAAGAAAACGACAAAAGCGUUACUAUGGGCGAGAAACUUAAAAUUAUUGAAUUUGUUAUGCAGAUUGUUUUUGCGGUUUUGUCAAAGUUUUGGAAGUUGUGCACAUCAGCUGGAUUAAUUCUUCUUUUAACUUUUUGGUACUAUGGAGGUGUAUUGACUUUAGUACUUCUUUUAAUUGGAGGAUUUGGUGUUUUCUACAAUGCCCAGGAUUUACUCCUUUAUUACCCUGAACAGCCUCCUCAGUCCCGACUGUUCGUGGACAGUCCUCAGCGGUUCAAUCUGCGAGGGGAAAACCACUUCCUGCCCACUAGGGAUGGAAUUAAAAUUAAUGCAGUGCUCAUAAAACAUUCUAAUCCUAAUGCCCCUACUGUGGUGUAUUUCCAUGGAAAUGCAGGGAACAUUGGACACAGAUAUCCAAAUGUGGGAGACUUACAUAGAUAUGUGGGGGUGAAUGUUCUGUUGGUGGAGUACAGGGGGUAUGGGAGGAGUGAGGGCUCACCCUCAGAGUCAGGACUGUAUUUGGAUUCUGAGGCAGCAAUGGAUUUUUUAAUCAGUCGUCCAGACAUCAACAAAGACAAGAUCGUUGUGUUUGGGCGCUCACUAGGUGGCGCUGUGGCCGCCUGGCUCGCCAGCAGCAAGAAAUAUUCUCCACAUAUCGCAGCACUAGUCCUAGAAAACACCUUCACAUCACUUCCAGAUAUUGCCAAGUCAAUCUUUGCAGAUUUAUUUAUUCUAGAGUAUAUACCUGUGUUCUUAUUUAAAAAUAAGUAUCCUACACUGGAGAGGAUCCAGAAGAUAACCAUUCCAACCUUGUUUUUGUCGGGACAAGGAGACAAGCUUAUACCCCCACAUAUGAUGUCCAAAUUAAGUAGUGUAUCAGGUAGCUCAGUGAAGAAGAUUGUUAGAUUCCCGGGAGGGACACACAAUGAGACGUGGAUGUCCGACGGUUAUUAUGAGGCCUGGCUGUUUUUUCUACAGGAAGUGUUUAAUUCCAAGAGAACCUCCGGGAGACACAAUGUGGUGGAUCUAUGAAUUCCUAUGCAAACUUCUGUGUUAACUGGGAGGGGGAUCUGAGUUUUAAUCAUAGUUAUUUAUUGAUCUUUAUCAGCUCCCUUCAUGCUAUACUUUUGAACUGUGAUGACUUUAUUUUUAUGCACAUUUUUCUAUUUGUGUAAAAUAGAAAAUUACACACAAAUUCAAUUCAUAUGACAAAAUGAGGAUUAUGUAUGGAUGUAUUAAAUUAAUGCCAUUCAUAAAGCUGUUUAUUAUGAGAAAUAAACAUCAUGAGUCAAUUACAAGUCUUGUUCUUACAUUAA